AGGGGAAGGACCGGACUCAGGGCUGGAAUCUGAGUGGAAGCAGGAGAGCCCAGUGUGGGGCUCACUAUCGGUUACAGGUCCCAGAAAGAGAAUGGGGAAAAUUAGGGUGGGGUGAGAGGGAGGGGGACUUGAGGUGAAAUAUCUCCAACCUAACGCCCCGGUUUGAGGAGAGCCAUCAGAGGGUGGAAUAUGGAGAUAAUUUAAGUAGGAGAAAGGGGGAUGGAUUGUUGGGAGGGAACCUUCUUCGCCUCAGAGAGUCUCGGAGUUGGGGUGAACCUUCAGGAUGGAGUGAGGGUGUGGAUUUGAUGUGUGUGAGAACGAAAGGGGAAAACACCUGAGGUGGUGCCAGCGGGGGUGUGGUAUCUGUUCGAGGGGAUGUCAAGGAAAUCUGGAGUGCAAUGUGAGAGGUCGUCCAGGGGUUGAGAGGAAGAAUCAACUUGCCAACUAUGAGAAAUAGUGGGGAAAUGCAACUGAAAGACCGGAUAUCGACGUGAGGGGUGGAGCUGGGGGUGGGACUUAAGGUUUUCUGAUGGUUUGGGGCUCCCAUAGUAAAGGGCCCAAAAAACAUAUGGUACUAAUGGUUGCUGAAGAUAGGCAGUGAGGACACUGUUGGGCAUGGCUGGGUGUUUUGAAACCCAAGAAGACUGAAAAAUGUGUGAGAUGAAGGGAUGGGGCUAUGCUGGAGGGGCUCUGUCUGAGGCCCCAUCCCCUUCCAGCAGGAAUUACGAAAUCCCCAACACUUCCUCCCUCCGGGGGAUUUGAUCCCCCAUGGCCACCGCUAACAGCAUCAUCGUGCUGGAUGAUGAUGAUGAAGAUGAAGCAGCUGCUCUGCCAGGGCCCUCCCACCCACCCCCCAAUCCGGCCUCACCCAGGGCAGAAGCCCCUGGCUCCUCUCAGCCCCAUGGGGCUGGAGGAAGCAGUAGUUCGGGCGGCAAGAAAUGCUACAAGUUGGAGAAUGAGAAGCUGUUUGAAGAGUUCCUUGAACUGUGUAAGACGCAGACGGCGGACCACCCUGAGGUGGUCCCGUUCCUCUAUAACCGGCAGCAGCGGGCCCACUCUCUGUUUUUGGCCUCGGCGGAGUUCUGCAACAUCCUCUCUCGGGUCCUCUCUCGGGCCCAGAGCCGGCCAGCUAAGCUCUAUGUCUACAUUAAUGAGCUCUGCACUGUUCUCAAGGCCCACUCAGCCAAGAAGAAGCUGAACCUGGCCCCUGCUGCCACCACCUCUAGUGAGCCCUCUGGGAAUAACCCUCCCGCAGACCCCUCCUUGGACCCCACAAGUGCUGAGACCACUGCCUCUGAGGCCCCAAGGACCCAUGGUUCCCGGCGGCAGAUCCAGCGCUUGGAGCAGCUGCUGGCACUCUACGUGGCAGAGAUCCGGCGGCUGCAGGAAAAGGAGUUGGAUCUCUCAGAAUUGGAUGACCCAGACUCCACUUACCUGCAGGAGGCGAGGUUGAAGCGUAAGCUGAUCCGCCUCUUUGGGCGGCUGUGUGAGCUGAAAGACUGCUCUUCACUGACAGGCCGGGUCAUAGAGCAGCGCAUCCCCUACCGUGGUACCCGCUACCCAGAGGUCAACAGGCGCAUUGAGCGGCUCAUCAACAAGCCAGGGCCUGAUACCUUCCCUGACUAUGGAGACGUACUGCGGGCUGUAGAGAAGGCAGCUGCUCGGCACAGCCUUGGCCUCCCCCGACAGCAGCUCCAGCUCAUGGCUCAGGAUGCCUUCCGAGAUGUGGGCAUCAGGUUACAGGAGCGUCGCCACCUUGAUCUCAUCUACAACUUUGGCUGUCACCUCACAGAUGACUAUAGGCCAGGCAUUGAUCCCGCACUGUCAGAUCCUGCCCUGGCUCGGCGCCUGCGGGAGAACCGGAGCUUGGCUAUGAGCCGGCUGGAUGAGGUCAUCUCCAAGUAUGCAAUGAUGCAAGACAAGAGCGAGGAGGGCGAGAGACAGAAGAGAAGAGCGCGGCUCCCCCAAGCCACCCCUUCCCACUCUGCAGACCCCUCCAAAGCCUCCUUGGAUUCUGGUGAGGGCCCUAGUGGGAUGGCAUCCCAGGAGUGCCCUACCACCUCCAAGGCUGAGACCGAUGAUGAAGAUGAGGAAAGUGAUGAGGAGGAGGAGGAAGAGGAGGGAGAGGAAGAUGAGGAGGAAGACGAGGAGGCCACAGAUUCCGAAGAAGAGGAGGAUCUGGAACAGAUGCAGGAAGGUCAGGGGGACGAUGAAGAGGAGGAGGAGGAGGAGGAGGAGGACGAGGAAGCAGGGAAGGAUGGAGAUAAGAGCCCCAUGUCCCCACUACAGAUCUCCACUGAAAAGAACCUGGAACCUCGCAAAGGGAUCAGCGGGUCGUUGGGGGAGCAGCAAAACAAAGGACUCACAGUGUCACCAUCUUCACUGGCAGAAGAGCCCCCGGCCCCCUCCAGCGUAGUUGCUGAAAGCAGUGGAGAGCACCUCGAGGAGUUGCCCCUGGAGGAGGAGAGCCCUAUGUCUCAGCUUUUUGAGCUAGAGAUUGAAGCCUUGCCCCUGGAUACUACUCCUUCCCCUGAGGAGAGGGACGUUUCCUCUUCCAGGAAGCAAUCAGAAGACCCUCUCACCACUGUCUUGGAGAAUGGAGCAGCCAUGGUCACCUCCACUUCCUUCAACGGAGGCGUCUCUCCUCACACCUGGGGAGAUUCCAGUCCUCCCCACAAGAAAUCUCGGAAGGAGAAGCAAACAGAAGCCGGGCCAUUAGGAAAGAGCUAUGUGGAAAGGCAAAGGGCAGUGCAUGAGAAGACACAUACUCUGCCCAGCCCGCCUUCCCCCUUGGCUUCCAUGGCUCCAGUUGCCGAUUCCUCCACAAGGGUGGAUUCUCCUAGCCACGGCCUGGUGACCAGCUCCCUCUGUAGCCCAUUUCCAGCCCGGUUGUUCGACACCCCACAAUCACAACCCUCCAGACCUGGUACUUUUAAGAUGAGUGUGGCCACACAGUGCGAUCCAGAGGAGAUCAUCGUGCUCUCAGACUCUGAUUAACUGCCUCCCCCUCCUCCCUGCCUCCAAAAUGUUUUGGCAUAGUAUUUGGAGGACGGUGGGAACCAGACGACUGAGGAAGGGAUGGACUGAGCUAAUCGCCUUUUGGUGGUUUCUUUAAAAAAAAAAAAAGCUUAAGUUUUACACAGAAACAUUAAUAAACAAUAAAGUUCUUUUCUUAUUCUA